UUGAAAGAGAAAAGUAAAGUAUUUUAGUGUAUAGUGAUAAUAUAUUACAUCUUCAAUCAUCAUGCCAAGAAUAGAUCCUUUGAUAGUUGGCGGUGUGAUAGGUGAUGUAUUAGAUCCAUUCACAAGGUCUGUUGACCUUAGAGUGGUUUACAAUGAUAGGGAAGUCAACAAUGCAUGUGGCUUGAAACCUUCUCAAAUUGUUACGCAACCUAGGGUUCAUAUUGGAGGGGAUGAUCUUCGCAACUUUUACACUCUGGUUAUGGUGGAUCCUGAUGCUCCAAGCCCAAGCAACCCUAACCUGAGAGAGUAUCUACACUGGCUGGUCACAGAUAUCCCAGCAACUACAGAUACAAGCUUUGGAAAUGAAGUUGUAUGCUACGAGAGUCCACAACCAUCAUUGGGAAUUCAUCGCUUUGUUUUCGUGUUGUUUCGACAAUUGGGUCGCGAAACUGUAUAUGCUCCAGGUUGGCGUCAGCAUUUUAACACAAAAGACUUUGCAGAGCUUUACAAUCUUGGUUUGCCUGUUGCUGCUGUUUACUUCAAUUGCCAUAGGGAGAGUGGUACUGGUGGCCGCCGCGCAUAA